CUGUUGACAGGCAAAUACCGUGAUACCCAGACCUCGAUAACUGACAGCUCUGCAGUUUACAGAGUCAGCAACGACAAGAGUGCUAAUGUGACCUUAAUCGACCUUCCAGGCCAUGAGAGUUUGCGGCUUCAGUUCUUGGAGAGGUUCAAGGCUGCAGCCAGAGCCAUUGUGUUUGUGGUGGACAGUGUGGCCUUCCAGCGGGAGGUGAAGGAUGUGGCGGAGUUCCUGUACCAGGUCCUGGUUGAUAGCACUGUGCUCAAAAACGCACCCGCGCUGCUGAUUGCUUGCAAUAAGCAAGAUGUCACAAUGGCAAAAUCAGCAAAACUUAUUCAACAGCAGCUGGAGAAAGAGCUCAACACCUUACGAGUGACCCGCUCUGCAGCCCCCACCAGUCUGGAUGGCUCAGCCACUGGGGGCCCUGCCCAGCUGGGGAAGAAGGGCAGGGACUUUGACUUCUCCCAGCUACCCAUGAAGGUGGAAUUUGUGGAGUGCAGUGCUCGGGGCAGCAAGGGAGAGGAGGGAGAUGCUGACUUCGAGGGCCUUGAGAAAUGGCUGGCCAAGAUCGCCUGA